UAUACAUGUACACAAUAACCCCUAUUUUCUCUACAAUUUCAUACACAGUAGCUUUACCGGUACCCUAUUCAUCUGCAGUUUUUACAAUUCUCACACACAAUACCAAAACCAUACCCCUAUAAACUACCAGCAAACAUCAUCAAAAACAAUCAAAAGCAUUCAUCAAUUAAACAAGAGGAAGAAAAAGAAGGAUUCAGCUGCAAAGAAUCCCACUGCAAAGUGUCAAAAACCGUGAAUCAAGAGAAGGGCGCAGAAGAAGUUUGAGAGUGUUUCAGGCCAAACAAACCCCUAUAGUCGGUUCCACGAAGCUUUCUGGACGUGAUCGAGUCAUACCCCUCAUUCCAAGCACGUAGAAACAACUUCUGGAUUCACGAUUGUGUACGCGCAGCAUCAUUAUGACCACGGUACAUCCUCAAUCAUCCAUCCUCAGAUCACCCCAUAUGCCAAUCCAACGCCUCUGGGGAUGCAGGCGUAUCAUAGACUUCACAAGCCAACCACAUGGAAUCAAAAGCUGAGUUUUUUUUCUAAUUCUUUUUUAUUUUAAUUACAUUCUAUUUUCUUAUUUUCUUUUUGUUUCCAUCAUAAUUAUUAUUUAUAGUUUUUCUAUUUUAUCUUAAUAAAUUAUUUUAUUAUAACAAAUUACAAUUAUUUAUUUUAUCGAAAGUUCGAAUUUUCACAAUUUUAUUCAUAAUUGUUUUACUAUUAUUUAAAAUUCAAUAUUAUUUUCAAAUAAACCUUUUUAUCAACUAAAUAAUUAGGAUUACAUCCAAUAAUUAUUUAGUUGAUAUUUUGAUUCGAACUCUCGAUUUUUCUCCGUAACUUUGGUAUUAUUUCAAUUAGUUUAUUAUUUUAUUAAUCAGGGUUUACGAAGAUCAUGCCUACACUGAAAAAUUUUCUUUUUUCUUUGUGCAAUUUUUUUUCGGGUUAGUACCAGGGUUUUCUCCGACUACGAACCAUAUCAGAUCAAAGCUAAGUCCCUGAUUCUAUUCUUAUUUAUUUGUUUUUGCCUUAAUUUAAACAUUUACUUUUGCCUUUUAAUUUAAUUAUUUAUUUUUGCCUUUCUGAUUUAAAAAUUAUGGUUUUAUUCUUAACUGUCAAUGAACUGGCCAUACACUCACCUCUUUGUGUUUAUUUUUCUUUUUCCAAUUUUCAGGGUUAACCAACCGGUCAAAGCUCGAAUGUUCGGUAACCCUAAAAUUCCUCUUUUUUUUAUUUAAGUUUCUUGCUUUAAAUUAUUACUCAUGCCAAACCCUAUUGGGGUUUAAAUUUAUUGUUUUUCCUCCCCCAUCCCCAUGGUUUAUUCUGUAUCUGCUUCGAGGUUGUAUUGUUUGGCCUUGAAGACACUUAAAACUGCAUUAUAUUACUGCGUGGUUAGUAAUCCUAGGGAGUGGCAACCUCGAAUUGAAUCUAGAACCACCUAAUUACAAGAUAAAUUUUCUGAAUUAAUCACGUGAUUGUUGCACCCACACACUUUUUAUGGUACCCCUCUUGUUGCUUGUUGCCUGUUUCCUGUUGCCUUGUUGCCUUGUGUUUUUCAUUGCAGAAUAACCAAGUCCCUCGAAUACGAGGAUACCUCAGCAAUGUUGCCCUCGGUUCAUUCUAAGAUCAUAAGUCCCAAUGAUGCUGCCUUCGAUUCACUAAAUAUGAUCUCGUCCCUCGAAGUUGCCUACGAAGUGCUGAGGUAUCCUCCGGUUGCCUAAAAGUAAAUGGCUAUUUUGUUCCUUCCCUUUGACUACCUGCCCCUCUAUGGCGGGGACAGUCUUAUGGCGAACGAUAAUUUCGACGACCCUUCAACCUCCAAAUAAAAGGACUUCCCUACCCUCCUAUGGUAUGGAUAGCCCUGAAAGGCUAAAAGAACAUUUUUCAUCUAACCAGGUAAUUUGCCCCUAAUUGCUUUGCUCUUGUUUAAAAUUCUUUUUCUACCUUUUUUUCUAAAAACUCAUAAGGGUACGCUCAUUUUCGAGCUAAAGUCCUUAUUUUUUUCUUCUACAUUUCUAAACUUUUGUUUUCUGAAAGAGCAAAGCAAUUAAGAGCCCAUGGAUAACCAUGGGUGCAAAGGGUGCCUUACACCUUCCCUUUGUAUAAAUUACCCCCGAACUCGGUUUUCAUUUAAAAGGUUUUUCCUGUUCUUUUAGCCUUUCUAUUAAUUUGGAUAAAAUAAAAGUCGGUGGCGACUCUUGCUUACCGCGACAUUUCUUUAAAGUCAGUUCACUGUAUUACAGAACUGGCGACUCUGCUGGGGAGAAUUUUCUUAUAAAAGAGGGGUUACCUUAAAAGUUUAGGAUUCACUUAAAUGUUUUCUAUUGUUUGCUUUGCUUGCUUUAUUUUUCAGGGACGUUUUGGGAAAAAUGAAGGACGAAUCCUACUCCCGGAUUCAAGAACACUUAAGAUAGGAGCGGCAUAGUCAUGGAGACCUCCCUUGUGCAUGCUUGGGAUUGGUCAAAAUGAAGUUCGCGCUUGAGUUAGGCCUCCACAGGUUAUUGUGUACCUCUUUUGCAUGAGAGAGGUUUAUGCAUGUAUCUUUGGGUGCGUCGGAGCUCAGGGACCUUUAGUCACCUUUAACCCAUCUUAACUUUUAGGAACGUAGUGGGAGGACUAUUCUUGAUGCAUGCAUAGUUAUGGUCGCGACCCAAUACUACAGCUCAAAUAGGUUUCUUCCUAAAGUAUCAUUGCGUCGUAUGCAUGUAUCAUGUUCGAGGGUGCUUUAGAGGGGGCUGACAAUUCUGGGUUGUAAAUGCAAGCUUCUCAAGUAUAGUGUGUUUUGAUGAAGACAAUAUGGACAUCAAGCUUUUAUAAAGGAUGUGCAAAAAGAAUUUCAAGUAUCAAGCAAAAAUACAUCAUUUCAAAGUCUUGAAGAAAUUGUGAAGAUUCAAGAAUCAAGCUAAAAUGUCAAAGGUAUAAACAAUACUCACUUUGACAUAUAAUUGUUCACAAAUAUAUUUCCAUGCAUAUCAUAAACAUACUACAAAGUGUCAUCCUUCAAAAGUUCAUUUAAAACCUUUUUCAAAGUUAAAAUUCAAAAUAAAGGUUUUAGGAACCGGGUUGUCCCUAUGGGGGAACCGGUUCCCAGCAUUCUAAGUUUUCAGUUCUCUGUAUUUUACUAUGGGGAACCGGGUUGUCCCUAGGUGGGAACCGGUUCCUCAGUUCAAAAUUUGAAAUUUCUGCUGUAACGUUCAGCAGGAACCGGGUUGUCCCAGGUAGGAACCGGUUCCUACUGAACCAGUGUGUUUUUUCAUUGCAUGAUCUUAUUCAAACGAAUCCAUUUUCUUACCACUUGAUCAUUGCAUUGUUUCAUGAAAAAAUAACCAUUCAAAGAGGUGUUUGACACAUUAUAAAUACUACAUAUUUCAGAAUCAUUAUUCACCUUCUUCAUUAACAAUUCAUAAACCAUAUAUUCUUCAUCUUUCAAUAUUUCCAAGUGUUCAUCAAAUCUUAUUUUCAAGUGAAACUUUCUAUACACAUUUUCAUUGAGAAAUCCAUUCAAAGUUUCAUGCAUACAUUGUGAACACUUAUAUUCAUUUUGAGAAUUGUUCAUUUGAAGAAGAAGAUCAAUCCAAGAUUGAUAGUGCUAUACAAACUUCAUCUAAAUCUCUUGUAAAAAUUCAAAGAAAAUUAUCUCCUUACUAUCCAGGAUUGUUGGAAGUAAGUGGUGUGUUUGAAGAGGAUUGUUCUUCAUUCACAUUAGUGUUGAUUGAUCUUAAAGGUGUUAAGAACCUUUGAUCACCCUAUAGGUUAGAUAGUAGGCAUAGGCUUGUACAAUAAUUCUAACUAUAGUGAAAUCUCUUUCGUGUUUGAAAGGGGACUGGAGUACUCUCGGAUUGUGAGGGGAACCAGUAUAUAUCGUUGCGUUCUUUACUUUUCCGCACUUUAUCGCUUUCAUCACCAUUACCAAAGAAAAGAAAAGAACCUUACAAAAACCUUCAAACACUUAACCAAACAUUAUUAGAAGUAUUCUCAUAAAACCAAUUAAAUUUUUGAAAACCUAAUUCACCCCCCCUCUUAGGCGCACUCUUAUACUUACAUUUGGCAUCAGAGCAAGUUAUAGGUAACUUGUUCCUAAAGAUCCAGAAUGGCUUCCGCAAAUCAAAGACCGGUUUUCAAAGAUGGUGGUUCUAACAACAAGCCUCCAUUGUUUUGUGGUGAAUAUUUUGACUUUUGGAAAAUCCAAAUGAAGGCUCAUCUAGAAGCACAAGGAGAAGAAGUUUGGGAGGCUGUCCUACAAGGUCCUCAUGUUCCUACAACGGUCGUUAAUGGUGUUGGAUCGGAGAAACCUAAAGCGUCAUGGGAUGAUAAUGAUAGAAAAAGGGUUCUUGCUGACAAAAAGGCGAUCAGUCUUCUUCAUGGUGCUCUUAGUAUGGAUGAAUUCUUCCGAGUAUCAACAUGUACAACAUCAAAGGAAAUUUGGGAUACUCUUGUAGAAACUCAUGAAGGUACCGCUGAAGUUAAAAGAUCAAGAUUGAAUACUUUAAGCCAAGAGUACGAACUGUUUAGAAUGAAGCCUGGAGAAACUAUUCUCGAUUUGCAAAAACGAUUCGUACAUUUGACAAAUCACUUGAAGGCACUUGGUAAGACUCUUACUACCGAAGAACUUAAUCUUAAAGUGCUCAGAUCUUUGACAAGGGAGUGGCAACCAAAAGUGACGGCGAUAUCCGAAAAGAAGAAUUUAUCAAAACUUACUUCCGCAACACUAUUUGGAAAACUUCAAGAAUAUGAGACAGAACUUGGAAGAUUGGAAAAGCAUGAGAACUUAGAGAAGAAAUCCAAAGGCAUUGCAUUAAAAGUAGAUUCAAAAGAAAGCAAAAUGAAAGAUGCAUCGGAUGAAGAUGAAAACUUCUUGCUUCUUGUAAAAAGGUUAGGCAAAUUUUUUGGUAAUAAAAAUAAUAUUGAUAAUGCUAACUUUGUCAAAAGAAAGAAAUUCUCAAAGCAUAAGGAUAAAGAAGCAUCCACUUCAUCACAAGAAGUAACAUGCUAUGAAUGUGGGAAACAAGGACACAUAAAGCCGGAGUGUCCAAAACUUUCUAAGAAGAAUGGAUUCAAAGGCAAGAAGGAAUUCAAAAAGAAAAGGGCCUACAUAGCAUGGGAAGAUAAUGAAGUAAGUUCUUCAUCGGACUCCGAUAGUGACGAAAGUGCAAAUCUAGCAUUGAUGGCAUCACACCACUCCGAUGAUGAAGAAGGCGAGGUUAGUUACGAUGAUUCUCUUUUUAAUAAUGGUGCACAAGAUGCAAUAAAUGAAUUGUUAAAUGAGUGUAAAAUUCUCUAUAAAACUAUCUCAUCUCAAAAGAAGAUAAUAUCAUCUUUAGAAGAGGAAGGAAGUGAAGAAGAAGAUGAACAAGAGGAUGAUGAUGAAGAACAAAUGGAUGAAAGUGACUAAAUUAUGUGCUUUAAUUUCUAUGUUAUGUUUUCUUUCUACUAUUAGUUUUUAUUUAUGUUUUCUAGACAUUGUUCCAUUUAUGUUUCGUGAUGUUUAGGACUAUUUGUGUUUGUGUUGUAAUCGUAAAAAAACUACGUUUCGUAUCGUUUAAAUCAUGUUAUGUUUGUAGUAUUUCAUUUUGUGUUAUCUUUGUGGUAUUUCACAUUGUGUUAUAUUUCAUAUAUUUUUUCUCUUUUUCCCCAUCCUUUUUGAUAAUAACAAAGGGGGAGAAGAAUAUGCAUGUGUUUUUGUUGUUGUUUUGUUUCAAAGAAAAAUGCAGGCCAUUGUUAAAAUUAUCAAAUGAAACUCAUCACCAUAAAUCAAGGAAUCAUGGAUUUAGGGGGAGUCUCUAACAUAGGGGGAGCCUUGCAUUGUUCAACAUAAUUUCAAAAGCACAAAACAACUUUUUCAAAACAUUUUCAAGACUUGGUUGUCAUCAUCAAAAAGGGGGAGAAUGUAAAUGCAAGCUUCUCAAGUAUAGUGUGUUUUGAUGAAGACAAUAUGGACAUCAAGCUUUUAUAAAGGAUGUGCAAAAAGAAUUUCAAGUAUCAAGCAAAAAUACAUCAUUACAAAGUCUUGAAGAAAUUGUGAAGAUUCAAGAAUCAAGCUAAAAUGUCAAAGGUAUAAACAAUACUCACUUUGACAUAUAAUUGUUCACAAAUAUAUUUCCAUGCAUAUCAUAAACAUACUACAAAGUGUCAUCCUUCAAAAGUUCAUUUAAAACCUUUUUCAAAGUUAAAAUUCAAAAUAAAGGUUUUAGGAACCGGGUUGUCCCUAUGGGGGAACCGGUUCCCAGCAUUCUAAGUUUUCAGUUCUCUGUAUUUUACUAUGGGGAACCGGGUUGUCCCUAGGUGGGAACCGGUUCCUCAGUUCAAAAUUUGAAAUUUCUGCUGUAACGUUCAGCCGGAACCGGGUUGUCCCAGGUAGGAACCGGUUCCUACUGAACCAGUGUGUUUUUUCAUUGCAUGAUCUUAUUCAAACGAAUCCAUUUUCUUACCACUUGAUCAUUGCAUUGUUUCAUGAAAAAAUAACCAUUCAAAGAGGUGUUUGACACAUUAUAAAUACUACAUAUUUCAGAAUCAUUAUUCACCUUCUUCAUUAACAAUUCAUAAACCAUAUAUUCUUCAUCUUUCAAUAUUUCCAAGUGUUCAUCAAAUCUUAUUUUCAAGUGAAACUUUCUAUACACAUUUUCAUUGAGAAAUCCAUUCAAAGUUUCAUGCAUACAUUGUGAACACUUAUAUUCAUUUUGAGAAUUGUUCAUUUGAAGAAGAAGAUCAAUCCAAGAUUGAUAGUGCUAUACAAACUUCAUCUAAAUCUCUUGUAAAAAUUCAAAGAAAAUUAUCUCCUUACUAUCCAGGAUUGUUGGAAGUAAGUGGUGUGUUUGAAGAGGAUUGUUCUUCAUUCACAUUAGUGUUGAUUGAUCUUAAAGGUGUUAAGAACCUUUGAUCACCCUAUAGGUUAGAUAGUAGG